UUUUAUUUUUUAAUGACCAUGUUCUAAUCUAAAUAAUAUUAUGGAAGAUUUUACCAAUAAUCCUGGUAUAGUUGUUAUACGUGCGAAACCGGAAGGACAAAGAAAAACUUUUAAACCCAAAGUUAGAUCUUUAAAUAAAAUACCUGAUGAUUUGUUGAAUGAUCCCCUGCUAAACAGGGCUUGCGCGGCUUUACCAGAAAAUUAUAAUUUCGAAAUACACAAGACGAUAUGGAGAAUACGGUCUACAGCGGCAAAACGCGUGGCCCUACAGAUGCCUGAAGGUCUAACUAUGUUUGCAACGACCCUCUGUGACAUAAUAGAAACAUUCACCGAAGCCGAUACUGUGAUAAUGGGAGAUGUGACAUACGGAGCCUGCUGUAUAGAUGACUUCACUGCUGUGGCACUCGGUGUAGACCUCCUUGUGCACUAUGGACACUCUUGCCUAAUUCCCAUAGAUCAAACUAGUAGUAUUAAGGUUCUGUACAUAUUUGUGGAUAUAAAAAUUGAUCCGUCACAUUUCAUAGAAACAAUAAAAGUAAACUUUCCAUCUAAAACUCAUUUAGCAUUAGUUAGCACAAUUCAAUUCGUAACCACUCUACAUUCUGUAGCUAAGAAUCUUCGUAUUGAAGAAUACAUGGUUACAGUGCCACAAACUAAACCCCUUUCACCAGGAGAGAUACUAGGAUGCACUGCUCCUAAAUUACAAGCAGAUGCAAUUGUUUAUUUAGGAGAUGGAAGAUUUCAUUUAGAAUCUAUAAUGAUAGCGAAUCCUACAAUAAGUGCCUACAAAUAUGAUCCAUAUGAUAAAAAAUUUACAAAAGAAGAAUAUGAUCAUGUUCUCAUGAAGGCCAACAGACAGAAGCAAGUGAAGACUGCGGAGUCUGCAAGUAAUUUUGGCCUUAUUCUUGGCACUCUUGGAAGACAGGGCAGCACAAAAGUGUUAGCAAAUUUAGAAAAGCAAUUAUCAAACUCUGAUAAACAUUAUGUAAAGAUAUUGCUAUCAGAGAUUUUUCCUAGCAAACUUGCCUUAUUUGGACUGGAUGCAUUUGUUCAGGUAGCCUGUCCCAGAUUGUCUAUCGACUGGGGUACAGCAUUCCCAAAACCAUUAUUAACGCCUUAUGAAUUUGCAGUGAGUUUAGGCAAAACAAAAUGGUUGAAAGACGAUGGUACUUAUCCAAUGGAUUUCUAUUCUAAUGACAGUUUAGGACCAUGGACACCAAAUUACAAACCUGUGUUGUGUUCAGACAAUAUUAAAGAAUGUGAUAAUUGCUGUGGAAAAAAGGACAAGUGAAAACUCACUGGAACAUCUGGUGGAAUAACGGCUGCAGUUUCACGAGCCUGAGUGAAUACUUGGGAAUCCAAGAAUUUAGAGGGAAAUACUUCUGCAAAAUUCUUAACUCUGACUUUUCUGGUAUCACGUCUGCAAAACAUUAAUUAGAAAAAUAAUUAUGUUUAUAAUUUAUUCUACUUAAGUAUUUUAUUGUUAGUAUUUGUUGAAUAUCUACUUAAUUUUUAAUAUUAAAAAUAAAUAAUGAAUGUUAGUAAAUGCAUUUCAAUAACUAAAACAGAGAACAUUAUUUUAUCACUUGUGAUUUUUUUUAUUUUAUUAUACUAAUGUCAAAACCUGGUUGAAGAAAUUAAUAAAAUAUCUCAUAUUGAAUCCCAAAAAGUCGUUUGCCUAUUAGAUACAU